CAAGAUUUGGUUGCCUAGGCAAUAGCGACGCGCUUCUCUGAAAUAUGGCGGAGGAUUGGAACCAGGAUGUCGGGGAAGCGGUGUACAGAUCGCGCGACCCCAUAAAUAAUCUGAGGAUCCGGGUGUCUCUGCAGCGGGUCACCCCGGCCAUUGCGCUGGUUCAGCGGAUGCAGGAGGAGGAUGCAAAUAGAGGAGGACUUGAGCUGCAGGCGCUGCAUAGCAACCCAGAGGAGAGCAGAGGGCAUCAACCUAAUGAGGAGAAGGAAGAAGUGGUGAUUUCCUGGCAGGAGAAACUUUUCAGCCAGUUUGAGUUUGAACUAUACCAAAAUGAGGCUGCCUGCAGGACACCUUUAGAUCAUCAGUACUACCAAGAUGUAUUGUCUCUUGUGAGGGGUGGGGGGCGUAAAAACAAGCGUAUCUUCACCUACACAGACCACGAUCGCUAUACAAACCUAGAAGAGCACAGCCAAUCAGUGACAACCUCUCAGAAUGAAACACCCACUUUCUUGGCAGAAAGAAUGGCAAAUGUAAGAAGAAGACGGCAAGACAAAAGACAGGUCGAUGGAGUUGGGAUGCGGCAUCGUUUUAUUACCUUGAAACCUUCAGAUGAAUUCAUCAGAAAUAAUCACAUUAUUAACACCCCAGUACAGACAAUGUAUAUAAUGGCAGACCUAGGACCAAGCGGAAACCUUGGCUUGAGGGAACAUGAACAUGUCCUUGGUACUGUUCGUGUGGAUGCUAAUGGGGUUAUCACACUGAAACCCGAUGUCACUGGCACAAAGGGGCCUUACAGGCUGGAGGUGGAAGGAGAAAAGCGGCAGCUAUGGAGAUAUACUUUGCAGCAUGUCUCUGAGUCUGUUCAGAAAGAAGAGCAGGAAAGAGAACAGCAUAUCUACAAGGAUUUAUACAGCCGACAUAAAGAAUAUUUGAACAGUUUGGUGGGCUCAGACUUUGAAAUGCCCCCUGCAGGUACCCUAAGAGUCUUCAUUAAUGGGGAAAUUGUCUCGGCACAGGAGUUUGAUUAUGAUAAUCUCUAUGUUCAUUUCUUUGUGGAGCUCCCUAAAUACUGGUCCAGCCCAGGAUUCCAGGAGCUCUCGGGAGUCACCCAAAGCUGCCGGACAAAAACUCACGAAAGGGACAGUGUUGCUUACUUCUGUUAUCCCUUCAGUUUUGAGCUCUUUCUGUCAGAGGAGGCUGAUUCUGAAGAGACCCCGCAGUUGCCGGUGCUUUUCUUUGAAGUCCUAUCACUAGAUUUUUGGCAAAGGUAUAGAGUUGAAGGAUAUGGGUCUGUUGUCUUACCAGGGACUCCAGGAAUGCAUGUCCUCACAGCUCAGACAUGGCGACCUGUUGAAUUGGGUGUGCUCACUGAGCUCAAAAGAUUUUUCAUUGGUGGUUCUCCAGAGCUUGAGGAUCUGACUUAUGUCCGAGUGCCUGGAACAUUUCAGGGGCAACAUCUUAGUCGUUUAGGCUUCAGAACAAAGUCAUCUGGGAGCCUGACCCUGCGAUUACACUGUUUACAUCAUUCACGUUCCUUCCUUGACGGCAGAUCAAUGAGGAAAAGAAUGCAAAGUGUGUUGGAUCAUUUGGGACAUUCCAGCCAACAGAGCAGCAUUCACAACGUCCUUGAUGCCUUUCAGAGAGCACGCCGACGCAUGCAGCAGGCCCGGGAUAGUCUUCCGCUGGAUAUUCUGAACAUAUCUAAGGCAACACUAGAGCAAUCUACCGCCUGAACCUGCUCUGUGCCCAGGUCUACUGCAGAAUCCAAAAAAGUUGGAUGGGGAUGGACCAACCAGCGUAGGACAAGCAGCCAGAAAGCCAAAGUGAUUUGGAUCCAUUGACCCCUUGUCCGGUCCCUUGAGAAGAUACAAAGUUUCCCAGUAACAGUCUGAUUCCUGCAUCUUUUAUCAUGGUGGAUGCACAUGAACCUUUUACUUCUGAGACUCAAUACUUUUGAGACUACAAUAAGAGGCUUGGUAGAAAUUAGAUACUAGAUAGGCUCAUGUGCACCAGGAAAUACUUACUAUUGAAGCAUAAAAAUUACUUUUUGCAUUGGUUUGAGGCACUAACACACUUUAUCCUGAUUAUUUCAUAAAGAAAACAGUGGAAUCACUUAUUUCCUUUCAUUUGUGUUAGCAACAAUCAUUUUUUAUUUCCACUGCAUUACAUUUUGUAUAAUAACCAAAAUACUGAGAAUAAAGAUGUAUAUUUUUGAA